GAGAAUCAGACCAAGGCAGUGCAGAACUUCGACUUACCAGGAAAAGUUGCUGAGACUUCAAUUGAAGGCAAUAUUCACAAGCAAGUGGAGAAAGUGCAGGAGAAGGACGCAUGCUCAGACGCAGCUGACCACUUGCAUGCUGGAGACCCUGAGGUUGAAACGCAAGUGAUCUUGAGUUACCUCAGCGAGCAGGAGAAGCCCCAAGCUCAAAGCAGUGAGGCUCCUGACUUCCUCGUCACUCCCAACGGGAAGCUGCCCCUUCCUCUCUUCAAUCGCGCUCCUGCUCAGCCGCAGGGCGAAUGGUUUGCUUCCUUUGACAUCGAGGAGGGUCGAGAUCGCUAUGUCUGCAUUACAGCGCUCCCGCACGUGCAGUGGGGAGGAGAGGCGACGAGAGCUGUUGUGACUGUGUCGGAGAGCAGGAAAGAGGCUGAACUCCCUUCCUCCUCCCUUGAACAGAAACCGCUGAUCCUCCACUUGGACAGGACGAGCCCAUCGACCAUCGUUGACCUGAGUGUGAUGGAAGGUGUCAAGGAGCAGAAGUGUUUCGACGUAUCCAUCAGCUUCAGUGGAUCAGGACAAGGAGCUUGUGAAGGGAAGAACGACGAGUCGACAUGUUGAUUUCAAUGAUUGAUUGAUAUUUCUCUUGCUGUAUUAUCUUACAAAGACGUGUUGGCUCUGGCUUGCAUCCCUUACUCU